AGCGCAAGUGUGUCAAAUAAUUGCAUCUAUAGUCCAGACGAAUUUAAUUUCAGCACAACUUUAUGUUUUUCGGCCCAAUUGUUUUAUGGCCCAUUUUGCUUGCUGUAUUUAAACGAAAACCUGACCUAGGUCAGGGGCCAUUCACUGUUCACGAAAAUCAGAAAACCCUAGCCGUCACAUCUUCAUGGAGAACUAAUCACCAAAGAUUGAUCUGCUGUAAUCGGUUUCCGCCGAGACUUUGAGGUCUGCUGGACAGUUCCAAUUAGUGCUUCCUGACCCUGAGAUAGAAAGAACACUCCACGCACGCAAAAGGCUCAACCGAGCUAACAGCGUGCAUUCCGGUAACAUUGAUUCUAACCCUAUAUCUGAUUCUGAGCCUGACUACUUGCAUAACUUGUUUGCUUCGGAUUCUGAACUUGAUUUUGAAAUGGCUGAUAAUAGAACCUUAAGGCAAUUAGCUGCUCCUGAUGUGAAUUAUAAUGGCUUGUGUAUUGAAUAUGAUGCUGCUGCUGUUCCUUUUGAAUUAAAAUCAGGUUUAAUACACUUGUUGCCCAAGUUUAGUGGUCUUGCAGGUGAGGAUCCGCACAAACAUCUGAAAGAAUUCCAAGUGGUGUGUUCUACACCACUUAAGCCUGAAGGGAUCACUGAAGAUCACAUCAAACUUCGAGCUUUUCCUUUUUCAUUGCAGGGUGCAGCGAAGGAUUGGAUAUAUUAUCUCGAGCCAAACUCAAUUGCAAGCUGGACUGCCCUGAAAAAAGUGUUCUUGGAAAGAUAUUUUCCUGCUUCCAGAGCUGCCUCAAUAAGAAAGGAGAUUUGUGGCGUUAGACAAGGUAAUGAGUCGCUGACCGAGUAUUGGGAGAGGUUCAAACACUUGGUAUCUAGCUGCCCUCAACACCAGAUUACCGAGCAACUCCUCAUCCAAUACUUUUAUGAGGGGUUGUUACCGAUGGACAGGAACAUUCUUGAUGCUGCUAGUGGUGGAGCACUAGUCGAUAAAACUCCAGCCGCUGCCAAAGCCCUCAUUGAAAACAUGUCUCUUAAUUCUCAACAGUUUACCACUAGAGACAAUUCUGUUAAAAGCGUGAAUCAAAUUCAGGUUUCUUCCAACAAAGCUCUAGAGACUAGGCUUGACGACCUCACCACCUUAGUCAAACAGUUGGCAUUAGUGAAACCUCAAACAACAACUUUGUGCGGUAUUUGUACCUCUCCUGAGCACCCAACCGACACCUGUCCCAUUCUGAAAGACGAGUCCAUUACUGAUCUGCCACAAGCUUAUGCAGCCAACCUUUACAACCAAAACAGAUACAACAACACUCCUGACCUGUCCACCAACAAAUAUCACCCCAGUUGGAGGAACCAUCCCAACCUUCGAUAUGGAAACCCACAAACCAGCCAACAACAGAAUCCACCUCAAGCUAUUGCCUCUACACCUUCCGGACCAUCCUUAGAGGAUCUUGUUAAACAAAUGUCCGUGAACAACCUCCAGUUCCAACAAAGGACCGAUGCUAGCAUUCAGACCUUGAACACACAGAUGGGACAGCUUGCUACUCAAUUAAAUAACAUGCAAGCUCAAGGUUCAAAUCAACUUCCAGCCCAGACAGUCGUCAAUCCGAAUGUUCCAAAUGCCAAUGUGAGCACUAUUUCUUUGAGGUCCGGAAAGGUUAUAGAACCUGCCCCUGAAAAAGGUAAAAAAAUCAUUGAGGUAACUUCUGAACCUUCUCCUUCUGAACUUUCUCCUGCUGUGGCCGAAACUGAAAAAAAUAAAGAAAAAGAGUAUGUGCCACCAGUCCCCUACCCACAUAGAGUUCUGAAAAACAAAAGAAUUGAGGAGGAAGAUAAAGAAAGAGAGAUAUUGGAUGUUUUCCGAAAAGUUGCGGUAAACAUUCCGCUACUUGAUGUUAUAAAGCAGGUUCCCAAGUAUGCUAAGUUUCUGAAGGAUUUGUGCACCAACAAGAGGAGGAUUAAGGGAAGUUCUGCCACAAAAGCAGAAGGAUCCGGGAACAUUUGCUAUUCCUUGUACCAUCGGGGAUAG